AUGACUUCCACAACAUCGACAAAAUCGGAAUUUGAUACGUCUUUAUGGACGGACGACCAGGAGUCGGCCCUCCUCCAAGCCAUUGUCCGCUGGAAGCCAGUGGGAAUGCACAAACACUUUCGUAUGAUUGCAAUCAGAGAGAGUCUACUGAACCAGGGCGUGAUCAACCCUGAAGACUCCCAUACAUCCAUGGCAGGAAUCUGGCGGAAACUCGAGACUUUGUACGACCUUGCGAAACUAGAUGAGCGUGAAGACUCCAUCAUUGACGGCCUCGAAGAUGGGACAAAGGGUCAGUCAUAUUGGCGAGAAUUUGAACUACCGCGCGAAGAUUUUGAGGAGAUGAUGUGGCAGAGACGGCUGUGUCCAGAUGGGAUGUCUAGUCCCGCUGUCUCCAGAAGAGAGAGCACGGUCGCAGACACGGAUGAACCACGGUCGUCACCAGUUCCGGGCCCCACGAGAGGAUCCACGAGAGCAACUCGAGGAGGAAGACGCGGAGGACGAUUGUCACGUCUACAGAACGAAAUUGAAACGGAUAGGUCGAGUCGCAGGACAAGCAAGGCGGCCAGUGUUGCAGAAGAUCAAGCCACGGAGGAUGCUGACGAGGAAGAGGAAGAUCAAGAGAGUGAAGCGGAAGAAGAAGAAGAGGAAGAAGAGAGCGAGGGGCCUGAAGAGGGAGAGAAAAAGAACCCCGCAAAGAGAACUCGUCGGGGUGGCAGGAGAAGUCGAGGAAGACGUGGACGGCGAAGAUGA